AUGAGGUCGAGCAUAGCCCUCAUACCAAAUGAGCUAAACGAUCAGGCACUCGUUUCGUUAAAAGAUCCAUGGGGGAACGAGUUCGACGAGUACGCGUCUGUGUAUGCGAAAGGAUCGAAGAAGUUUCUAGUUAAGUGUUUUGCGAUAGAGGAUAAGCUUCUUGUUGAUGCUGUAGAUGAGGGUGGAAAAGAACCUGCUCAUAUCGAAAUAGAAUUUGAGAAGUAUGCUGCUGAGUCUGGAGUGGAGGGUGAUUAUGAUGCACAUUUCAAGAAUUUGGGGAAAUUAGUUACUGAUUUACAGGAUCAGAUUCUCUACAAGCUUGAUGAAGGACUUAAACCUGUUGCUUCUACGUCCCAGUCCAGAACUCUUUCGUCAAAACACAUAGGGAUAGUGUGCAGAGUCUACUAG